GCGACCCACAAAAAAUAAAAAUAAAAAAAAGCAAAACAAAACAAAACUGAAACGAGGCAAAAAAUAAAACAUGGAACGUUCUCGCGGAGAAAAGUACGUCCGCAUAAUGAAUUUCAAUCAGUGCACUGUCGUUAAUACAUAUAAUUUUGUUAUAGUGUAAUAAAGGUACUAAUAUCAUCGUCGUAGUCGUUGUCACGAAAGACUCAUAAUAUUUCAUACGCGAUUAUUACGGUUAUUUAUAAAUAUGUAAUUUAUCGACGUGCGUAUAUUGCAUCCGGCUACUUUUCGUCGUUUUUCAAACAGAAUAUUUCGUGUGACUACUAAGCUGGCGUCAUAUCGAGCGCCGCUUUUGUGUUCAGUCGAAAAUCGCGUCGUCACGUCGACGUCAUCCAUUUUGAUAUCGUAAUAUAUAUUAUAUUGAGUUUGGACGAUCGAACGACGCGCGCAGAAUCUCACCGUGUGAUUUUAUUGUGAUUUUCGCCGGCCGACCGUACCGCGUGCGAAAACCUUUAAUAGCGGCGUCGGCGGCGGCGGCGGCGGCGGCGGCGGCAACGACGACAACGACGACGCGACAGGACGAGAUCAGUACUCAGCGGCGGCACUCUUUCACCGACAACACCCCGACAGACUGGCACCGCAUAUCAUGUCCUCCGCCCGCAACUACGUGAAACAUUCCGUUCGGUAUUUUGGCGAACCAAUUAAAAUUUACAAGUGUUUUGUGUAAUGGGAAAAUGAUGCUUGGAGGAUGGGGUCGAAGUCCUGGGAGCAGUGGAUCCGUCCCGCCGUCAGGACAACGUACCGGUCACCGACUAUUGCCAUUGCCCUUCAACAGAACUGGAGGCGGCAGUGGAAGCGGCGGAAGCGGUGGCAGAGCAGCUGAAGCUGAAGAUGUCAUGGGACAUUAUGGACGAACCAAGGGCGGUGUAAACAAAAUAAGAACUGGCUUAUAUUAUUCUCCACCAGGUACAUCCUAUACCAUACUUGAAAAGCCUCCAGCUGCCUCACCACCACCUCCACCACCUAGAGCAACAUAUCUAAGGGAGUCGUCAGCUGGCGUAUCUGGACCAAAUCACCCAGGCACUGGUAGCAAUAGUAAUCGUUCUAAUAAUGCCGGUUCACGUGGAAGUUCUGGAAAAAAGAGGCCUAUUUCUCCGGAACAAGUUCUUAAAAUGUUUGCAGCACCCAAUUACAACCCAUCUUCUUCGUAUCACGUGUCUAGCGCUAAACCACAAUCACCUCCACCUCAUGGUUCAAACACCUCUCAACCGCACAACAACACAUCAUCCACAAUACAUAAUGAUAAUCUUACAGUACGUACGAUAUCGAUGUCAAGGCCAAAUGCAACUUCAGGAAGCCCAUCCAAUCAAGGAUUUGGUAUUUGUGUUAAAGGCGGAGCAGAUGAAUCAAAUGUUGGGGUGUAUAUAUCACGGGUAGAAGAAGGAAGUAUAGCCGAGAGCGUUGGUCUUAAGCCUGGAGAUUCAAUUUUAGAAGUAAAUGGCAGGCCAUUUUCAACUAUAUCACAUGAAGAAGCAUUAAAAAUUUUUAAGUCAUAUCGGCAAAUUACAAUGACAGUAAAAUGUCCAUCACCACCUCAAUCAAUGCCUACUAUGCACAAAAAAGACGACGACGAGAAUACUAAUCAAGACGAUGCGUGGAGAUUGUCCAGAACGUAUUCAUGGAUUAAUCGUAAGGGUCAACCAGUGUCACCUCCUUUAGAAUAUGCCAAACCCAUUUCUCCAUACUCAAAAUGGUCCUAUACUCGAUCAUCCAAAGAUAAAAUAAGAAAAGUUGAAUUGGUGAUUGAACCUGGACAAAGUCUUGGUCUGAUGAUUAGGGGUGGAACUGAGUAUAAUUUAGGUAUUUUUAUCACUGGUAUCGAUAAAGAGUCUGUUGCAGAUCGAUCUGGACUUAUGAUUGGUGAUCAAAUUUUGGAAGUAAAUGGUCAAUCUUUUUUGAAUUUAUCACACGAUGAAGCAGUAAAUCAAUUAAAAUUUCAAAAGCAAAUGACACUUACCGUAAGAGACGUAGGUAAAGUUCCUCAUUCAUGCACAACAUACAAUCCAGAUACAAAUUGGAAUCAUUCUAUGGACAAUGCAGACGGUGCUUUGAAGUUAGGGACAUCUGCUGCAUCUCAAAUGGUAGAGGAAAAAGCUCGAAUUUUGCUGACGAAAAAUGAAUUUAAUACUUUACGGUAUUAUUUGGACGAGUAUUCGUGUUCUCGAAUGUCUAUUGACGCAUUUAUAACUAUACUUUUCGAAUUGCUCAAUACAACUGAUAAGUUUACGCUGUUGACGGAAUUGCGCGAACUAAUAGGCCCCUCGGAUCGAGACCGUUUUGAUCAAUUGGUAUAUAGAAGAGGACGGGAAUCCAGAAAAACGCACUCCCGAAAACUUGAUGGUUUUAAUUCAAAUAUACCUGGAGGCCAAAGUAAAGGAUUUGAUUUUCCUAAUGAAAAUUCUGGGAUGGAUAUUGGGACUACCGAGUAUUCAAAUUCAAAUUAUAGGACUAGUAAUGAUAGAAAAUCUGAGGGAAAACAUUCUCCAAUGAAAACCGACGAACAAUCUCAUAGAGAUAUGGAAGUGGAAGAAUUUGAAUUUAGCCAUCAAGAUUAUGGUGACUUGGAAACUGAGCUUUUACCAAGAAAAUAUCAUAACGAUUUGAUUGAUGUUGGUUAUACGCAUCGAAAUUCAGGCAUUUAUGAUGAAUCUAAUAUGACUAGGUCAUCGAGUGGAUACUUGGAGGGACUGCGAUCCCACUUAGGGGGAUGGACCCAAAAAUUGAAAUCCUGGUACUAUGGAAGUUCUCUACAAUUAUCAAACAAACACGGGCGUUCAUACGAUGGUAAAAAUGAACUGCUGGAUGAGGAUGGAAGUUAUCGGAGAGAAAGUGGUUUUAUAGAGUCAUCGUGUUCAAAUAAUAUACAAAACGAAUCUCAGGUAAUUUUGAAUAAUAUAGUACAUAAAAUACAUUAAAUUUGAACUGUUAAA